AGGUAAACACGGACGGAAACCCUAACGCUAAGCCUAUUUCAGCGCGGGUUAUCUUAUAACCCACGCCUCAUAUUGGUUAGGCAAAACGAUGAAAGGUACUCAGUUUCGACGUGAAAUAGUGUGAGGGACACAUCUUAGCAGCCUACCGUUGUUAUAUUCGUAAGUCGUCUUAGGCCUUAACAGAUUCCGGAGGCGCGCAAACUUCGCCUUCGGGAUUUCGGGCUUCCAGAAGAGCGCGCACUUCCGGUCGACCGCGUAACCCGAAAGAUUGUGCGAGUUUAAAAGGGCCGAUACCAUAUGUACUUAACUAGUUAUCUCACGACAGAAGCCCUUAAAUCAUACUAUGAUCCCUAAUCCAUAUGAUCAAUCCCAUCUCGGCUAUACGCAACCAAGCCUCUGCGUCCCAAUUUUCUUCUGAUUCUUUCAUAAUCAUCUUUAUGCGAGUGUUUGCGAUAGCGGCGCUACUUGCUACAGCAAGCGCUGCCCCGACCGGUGAACCUUCUGAUACUAUUGCAGACACUGUAUUUUAUAAUGGCUCUAUCUAUACGUUAGAUGUAUACUCAUCUAAAUUCGAUGCAUUGGCAGUAAAAGAUGGAGUGAUUGCUUUUAUUGGGUCUAAUGACGGUGUUAAGUCACACGUUGGCAAUGCAACAAAGGUGGUGAACCUGCAAGGCCAUGCAGCAAUCCCCGGUCUGAUCGACUCUCAUAUCCACAUCCUCGGUGGCGGCAUCUAUCUCCUCAAGUGCGACCUUAACUACCAGCCGCUUGGCCUGCCUAAAGUCCUAAAGCACGUUCAGCGUUGCAUUGACGACGAGACUGUGAAGCCAGAUCAUGCCUGGAUGGAGGUUGUGAACUUGGACUAUCCUACUCUCAUCUCGCGCAGUGGUUCGAUCAAUAAAACUGUUCUCGAUCUAUUGAGAACAAAAAGGCCGGUUAUAAUCCGCUCAUCCGACUACCACACUGUCUUGGCGAAUUCGCGAGCCUUAGAAAUAUCCAAUAUCACAGCUAAUACUCCGGACCCGUCUGGCGGUCUUCUUGAACGGCUGCCUGGGAGCAAAGAGCCUUCGGGGGUGCUUCAAGACGACGCCUCUAGACUACUCGUGCUGCCUCUGCCUACUCCAGAAGAAGCUGUGCAAGCUGGUCUAGCUGCUAUGCAACUGUUGCGUCAGUCUGGUAUUACGACCUUCCAGGAGGCCGCAGCCCAAGUAGAGCACAAUGCAGUGUUUCAAGCUAUUCUCCAGGGAGGUGGACUUAGCGCACGAGCAUAUUUCGAUUACCGGAUCGAGGCUCCGAAUUCUCUCGACGACGUACCUGGACUUGUCGCCAAGAGUGUCAAGCUUAUCAAGAGCUUAGACAAUAACUCCACAAUGCAACCCACCCCGUCCAUCAAGUGGCAGGCUAUCAAGGCUUUCUUGGAUGGCGUUAUAACCUAUCCUUCGAGGACCGCAGCCCUCAUUGAGCCUUACUGGAGCCUCGUCAAUGGAUCUAAUACGACAUGGGUACCAGACCCAAGUACACUCAAAAAGACCUACUGGGAGCCUGAAAUACUCAAACGUACACUUUCUAGUAUGUUCCUUGCUGGUAUAGAUGCGCAGAUACACGCCGAUGGUGAUCUCUCUGUUCGGAUUGGUCUUGACACGGCCGAAUCGUUCCGCAGAGAGCACCCCGGUCACGAUUUUCGACUCGGCCUCGCCCACGACGAGCUCUCUCACGAAGACGACUGGGGUCGUUUUGCGGAGCUGGAAGUCGACCCAAUCAUGAGCUUCCAAUGGUCGCAGCUCAGCUCUUCCUACCUCCCAAACACAUUUCCGUCGAUAGCCGACUACCGUCGCCAGAAUCUGCAAGCGUAUGCCCAGAUCGAAAAGGCAGGCCGACCUGUGACAUACGGCAGUGACUGGCCGGUUGAUCCCCUCGACGAGUUUCUCGCCCUCAAGAUCGCAGUCACACGAUCCGGUGAUCCCGGAAACCCCCAUUCUGCCGCAUCUCAAGGGGCGCCUUAUAAUGGUACUUUCCCGGGCGAAGGCAUCUCGCGCGAGGCUGCUCUGCGCGCCAUCACCAUCAAUGGUGCAAAGUUUCUGAGGGCUGAUCAGUAUAUUGGUUCUCUAGAGGUGGGUAAAUUUGCCGACAUGAUCGUAUUAGAAAAUAACUACUUCACCGUACCCGAAGAGAUGCUUGGCCGUCAACGUGUUCUGCUCACGAUGGUGGGAGGCGAAGUGGUUUAUAUUGCUAAGGAGGCUGAACAGAAAUUUGGGAAUAUCACGGCUAAGUUCCCUAACGACAGCAAGGCGAGUGUAGCUUUAGAUCGCAAGGCGAUUGGUGGUUUGCAUCGCACACAAGUGACUAUAAAGGGAGCUGCGAAUGCGGCGAGGUUGAGGAAGAAGAAGGAGUGCGUGCACGAUUAAACGUGAGUGAUAGGUCAAGGUA